UCCCAAAUCAAUUCCUAUUUUCACAAAAUAUCCCUAGGUGUAGCUCACCAGCCGCUGACCGUAGACAGCCGUCUCCAGUCCGGCGGCCACUCUGUCUCCCGCUCGUUCUUCCAUCAAGACACUGUCGUCGUUCCGGUCAAGCUGCUGCUUCCUCUGUCGCCGACGUUCACCAUUGCCGUCGCCUUCUCCGCUCCAGCCUUCAGCCGUCGCCGUCCCACUGUGCCGCCGGUCAAUCUUAUCUAAUUCCAGGAUUCAUACUCCCUCUCUGUUUUCUUUGUCGAGGAGAUUUUUUUAAAUUACAGCAUUGCUGUUUGAAACAAACAUGGCUGAGGAAGAGAAGGAAGAGAUAAAGUCGUUCAAAGAUUUAGGUUUAUGCGACGAAUUAGUGGAAGCCUGCGACAGUUUAGGUUGGAACACUCCUACCAAAAUCCAAGUAGAAGCCAUUCCACACGCUCUCGGAGGGAAGGAUUUGAUUGGGCUUGCCCAAACAGGUUCUGGUAAAACAGGGGCGUUUGCUCUUCCCAUACUGCAUGCACUUUUGGAAAGCCAUUCGAAACAAGGAUAUAAAUCCGCGCCUGUGUUUUUUGCUUUGGUGCUUUCCCCAACACGGGAGCUUGCAAUCCAAAUUGCUGAACAGUUUGAAGCUUUAGGAUCUGGGAUUAACCUAAAAUGUGCCGUGCUUGUUGGAGGGGUGGACAUAAUGCAACAACAAAUUGCUCUUGGGAAGCGGCCACACAUUAUUGUUGGAACUCCUGGACGCCUUGUGGAUCACCUAACCAAUACUAAAGGUUUUUCUCUUCGCAUGCUAAAAUAUUUGGUCCUAGAUGAGGCAGAUAGGUUGCUGAAUGAGGAUUUUGAGAAAGCACUUGACGAUAUUUUGAAUGUUAUUCCUCGGGAUAGGCACACGUAUUUGUUUUCUGCAACCAUGACCAAAAAGGUGAAGAAGCUGCAAAGGGCAUGUCUGAGAAAUCCUGUGAAGAUUGAAGCUGCCUCAAAAUAUUCUACUGUUGACACAUUGAAGCAGCAAUACAGGUUUAUACCUGCGAAGUACAAGGAUUGCUAUCUUGUUUAUAUUUUGACUGAGAUGUCUGGUUGUACAUCUAUGGUUUUCACUCGAACUUGUGAUGCAACUCGCCUUUUGGCUUUUAUUCUUCGGAAUCUUAAUAUAAGGGCCAUUCCGAUUAGUGGUCAAAUGACUCAGGCAAAGAGGCUAGGAGCCUUGAAUAAGUUCAAGUCUGGGGAGUGUAAUGUUCUUGUCUGCACUGACGUUGCUAGUAGAGGACUUGACAUUCCAUCUGUCGAUAUGGUUAUUAAUUAUGAUAUCCCUACAAACUCUAAGGAUUACAUCCAUCGAGUGGGUAGAACAGCUCGUGCUGGAAGAUCUGGUGUUGCUAUCUCACUAGUCAAUCAGUAUGAGCUGGAGUGGUAUCUUCAGAUAGAAAAGCUUAUUGGCAAAAAGUUACCUGAGUAUCCUGCUCAAGAAGAGGAAGUCUUGCAAUACUUAGAAAGUGUCACAGAAGCCAAGAGACUAUCACAGAUGAAACUUAAAGAAAUUGGAGGCACAAAAAAGAGGAGGGGCGGAGAUGAUGAGGAUGAGGACAUAGAGAGAUAUCUAGGCGUCAAAGGCAAGUCCUCCAAGAAAGUUAAGAGAAAAUGAGAUUACCUACUUAUCUUUUUGUCUCCAUUUACCUACUUGGUCCACAUUUCUAACUAAUUUGUUAGGUUCAAGGUAGCUUAAAUUUUGAUUUGAGUAAUUAGCUUUAUUAAGGAAAAAGAAAACUGGAAAGAGAAUGAGGGAAGAACUCUAUUUCCAUCUUUUUUAUGGGGAAGUGAUUGGACAAAAUUCGGAUGAAGGAAAAGAAUUACAUUUGCAUUUGUUAUUUUAUUGUUAUAAAGUUUAUUUUUUAGCA